AUGGAGAUCCGCGAUAUGGUGAAGCCACGGCCGAUGCGUCUAUCGGAUCUCCUCAUUGUCUACUGUUACCACAUGAUUCCGUUCACACUCAUGCCUAUCGUCAACACUAUCUUCAACUACUACCUCGUGUACCAGUUGCUCGGCUGGUGGGGUCCACUCAUAGCAACGGUCGUUCUCUUCUUCCUCGCGGUCUGCCCGCCCUACUACAAUCGCUCCAUUCGCAGACGCCUCGUCUUCCUGUACGAGGCCCUGGCGUACUACAUGAAGCGGGUGCGCUACAUCGCCCCCAAGGACCUCAUCCCCGAUAGUGCAUACAUCUUCGCGUUCCAUCCACACGGCCGCAUGUUCUACACCAACACCAUGAUGAUCCAGACCAACUACGAAUGGAGAAAAAACUUUUGCCCCAAAGGUGACUUCUUUGCGGGGGCGGCAGCGGGGUUCUACUCGGUGCCUGUGCUGCGUAACCUGCUGUACCUGCUCGGAACCAUGCCUGCCAGCGAGUCCAACAUCCGGCGGGAGCUGAGGAAGAAGAACCACAUGGCCAUUGUGAUCGGGGGCCUGAAGGAGGUCUGCCUUGGCACGACUUCCCACACUGACAAGCUUUAUCUGAUGAGGAGGAAGGGGUUUGCGCGCAUAGCAGUGGAGGAGAAGGUGGGAGUCGUCCCCAUCUACUGCUUCAAUGAGAACCAGCUCUUCAAGCAUGACCCAGUGUGGUUCCUUCAGUUCUGGGAGAAGGUCAACCGCCACGUCAACAUCGGAGUGCCCUUCAUGCGCGGGGCCUGGAACCUCACCCUGCCCUUCAGACGGGAUCUUCUGGUGGUUGUGGGCAAGCCACUUUUCCCUGAGGAGGGAGAGUCGGUGGAUGAUUUUCAUGCUCGCUACGUCACGGCCAUCACUCACCUCUUCCAUAAAUAUGUUGGGCUGUCCGCACAACCCAACCAGAAGUUGGUCAUCGUCUAA